AUGGUCGACUCUGAGUCCGACUUCUCCCAUGUCUCCAAAUUCAUUCUUGAUUUUCAACUUCAUGUUCUACAACCCUUGAUACUCAAGGCUCCGGCAUGCCAGUCUUCAUCGUCUAUGCUCGUCGCAUCGGUCGUCCGUCAACUACCAGAAAGCAGAGACAGACUCGGAGUCAGCGGCAGCGGCAGCGGCAACGGCAACGGCAACGGCGAGGCAUGGAAGUGGAGAAAGACCGGUCUACAGGUAUUGGACACCGAAAUGGGCCAGGACGACUGGCUCAUCGCCUUCGCCCCAAUAACCCUAAUCUCGACCGGCGGAUUCCUCGCGACAAACUUCUUCCACAACCGCGAGAGUACAGGGGAUAUCGACUACCUCCUCGAACCACAGUGGGCGCACGACAACGACAUCAAAAAGCCGCUCCGCGACGCGAUGACCCGCGCCGCGCGCCAUCUAGGAUUCAUCGACGACUGGCUCAAUGACGAAGUGGCCUUCUUCGUACCGGAUAACCACCGCGAGCUACUCUUCGAGAAAGCCGAGGAACAGAAUAUCGUGCUGUGGGAAGGGGCGAAUCUGCGCGUUCUCGCGGUGCCGCUGGAGUGGGCGCUGGAGCGCAAACUUCGUCGCAUACAUAAUAGUCGGAGACAUAUUAAGCGCGGGUCGGAUAUUUCGGAUGUGGUGGCUAUGUUGAAACAUUUGCGGACGCAGGCUGGUGGUCCGUUGAAUCGGGAAUAUGUGAGGACGAUGAGCAUUUGCUCGUUUGAGAUGCCGCCGGAUAAACACACCAUGAACGAGAUAGCAGCGGCUUAUCGAGACAAAUAUAAUGAAGAGGCUUUUCUAUAG